AUGGCUGAGGCAAAGAGACAAUACUCGCUCGGGCACGGCCCUACGGGAGGCCACGUCCCAAUGAGAGCGGGCAAAAUCUUUGACAUCAUGGACGUCAAUGAAGUGAUCACGACGUGGUUGCUGACUAGAGCGUGGGGCGCGAGCGCCAUAGCGGCUGCGACAGCAACGUCAUGUUCACUCUCAAUGAUGCUGGCCCAGGUAGUCGCAUUACUGCUGCUGCUGCCGAGCUACGGAUGGAGACGACGCCCUUUUGGGACGUCUGGCAGGACCAGGCCAACGUGGACCCGCAUUAUCCUCUUCGUGUCGGUAAUCAAGGGGGCACAAGCAGGACUCGACGAUGUCGGCAAAGGAAAAUGCAGCCAAACUGGAAUACCACUCCCGACAGACCUGGAGCUCUGGAUGAGUGGACAGGCGACGAUGAGGGAGCAGCUUGCAGCUGCCUUCGAAAUGCACGUGGCGUCCAUACCGCUGGGACACAACAGCGAAGUGGCGCCGCCGCCGGAGUUCGCAGUGCCUAUACCGGAGCCACCUCCGCCGCCUCCGCAGUUACAACCCCACGAGCACUGGAUCAACAGGGAGGAACCAGCCACGACCCACAUCUCUUUCUGGAUCUGCGCACCCUACUAUGAGUCCAUGUCUUUAGAUGUGGCAAUGAGCUUCCCCCUCACGCCGAAUCGCGUCUUUGAGGCUAUCCAGAACUCAGCGAUCGACAUGCCAACUGACUUGCUGGACCACCCGGUAGCCAUCACCCCCCAACCCGACGAGGCCUACGGCGCGGUGAUGAUGAUACCGACAUGGGUCAGAAUGUCUGGUAAAACCGCUGUGGUCCUGGACGGCAGGCGUGUGGGAUCUGGAAUUUUCGCGGCCUAUUUCGAGGGCCCCCUCACAAGACGAGCUCUGCUCCAAAAAGUCGGGGCGGGAAUGGAUGAUGGCAUCGCUGUUUUCCUAUUUGGCUCGCUGCAGCCGAUGAAUGAUGACCAAAGGGAGCAGCCAAACCAGGGUGGACUCAUCCUUUUCCAUCGACAAGGAGAAGUACCAGAGUGGGCCUCGGAGCUGAGCACGAGAAUGGACGAUCCUGGCAGAUGGCGGCCGGAAGUCGACCAUCCACAACACCUACCGGGCCGCCACAUCGAGUUCCAAGGGGAGGAGCAGACAUUCCUACACCAGCUCGACAGGACCGUAGCCCCCGAUCCGCAGCGGAUGGCGGACCACGCUUUUGGCACCCAACAAGGCGAAGUUUGGCUCAGAGCCCCUACACAGCGGCCAAUGAGGAUGUACGCACGGGGAAAAAGAGUGCACUCCAUCAUUGCGGUCCUUGGUACAGCAAGAUACCCCAGGGACAGCACGAGGGUCGUCUUCCUUGAUACCAGGCCCCUAGGACUAUGGCCGCAAUGGGUGGCCUUGGCUGGGGACUUCAUGAACCCGGGAGCGUACGCCGAGGGACUCCAAAUCCCCUACGUCGAGGGAUACUCCUUGAUCGUCAAGGGAGGACGUCGAUGUCGAGAUGGAGUCAGGAUCCGUGUCCUGGAUGGGGAGGUCAUUGAGCUACUCCUCAAAAGGACUGAAGAGGUCGCACCAACGUCAUCUAGCUUUGAGCCAGACUCAGACGAUGAUGAUGGGGACAGUGGGGACGACAAUGAUGACAACGACCACCCCAUGCCCAACUCCAGUGACUUCUCAGACCCCUCACCGCCAGCAGAAGGAGGACCAUAUGGUCCCCCGCCACCCAGACCGGUCAAUGAAGACAGGAGUCGCUCUCCGAGGAGAGAAGAACAGGGCCAAGGAGGACCGAACGAGCCCCACAAGGAAGCUCAAAUGGCACCUAUGGACGACUCAGCCACUGAGUCUGGCCUACCAGUGGGAGACGGCCAGCUACCAUCCGCCUCAGCUGUUCUGCGACUGGCAGAGCACCUGCCACCGGUCCAGUACAACCUCACGGACCAUGCCCUCGAACUCCCCCACUCCGUGGAGCAAAUCAACCGGCUCAGACAACCAUGGCCCACGGACUGGAUGGAAGUCGACCUGCAGCACCUCCCACUGCAUCCAGCGGCAAAGAAGGCUGCCCAGGAAACAGUGACAGCGGAGGAUCUGCUGCAAGACAAGACUGGUGAACCGAUUGAGUUCCUGCUCUACACUGAUGGGUCAGCAAGCUGCCAACACCGUACCAGUGGCUACGCGGUCAUUAUAUUGGUCCAGAUAGGGGCGGCGGUGGCUAUUCUUGGAGCCCUCGGGGGAAGACUUGGAGGAAACCCGAACAGCUACUGGCCCAUCGAAGACCCCCUCGCGCUGAAUGCAGAGCAGGUUGCGGUUGCAGCCGCGCUGUUGUGGAUCCUACAAAUGCACACACAGCUGACAGCUCUGAGCUGCACAGUGCGAUACGACUGUCUCGUUGCUGGAAUGGCAGCGGAAGGCAGAUGGACAACGCCGAAUGAUCUGGGUGCGCGCACCCACAGCCUGGAGCUAGCUCUGCGUGAGAUGCCGGGAGUAAAACUCACCAUGGAGCAUGUUCGGGCGCAUCAGGGUGACCCGUGGAAUGAAUGUGCUGAUGGGGUGGCGAAGCUAUUGGCCAACCGAGAACUGGAGCUGAUGGAACCACCCGGCGGGGCUGGCCAAUGUUUCCUACGAAGCAACCUCCAAUGGAUGGCCACAGAGCUCGCCGCCUGGCGAACAGGUGCCCUUCCCAUCAACAAUGGACGACUGGUCUGGGAGGACAGGCCCUUCGAGGAAUUCUCCCUCCAGCCUAACGACCUGAUCCCGAUCAACGAGUGCCCGGAGAGCUCAGGCGACGAGGCUAGACCCUUCCAAUUGAGGGCGGCUACAGUCAACAUCCAAGGUAUGGGAGGCAACUACCCGUAUGUUGAUGAGCAACUCCACCGCCUCGACUUAAAUCUUGUCUGCAUUCAGGAAGUCAAGGGCAGGGAGGGGCUUUGCCUCGGCAGAAACUACCUCCGCCUGUCCACGGAAUCCGACAAGUACUGGGGAGCGGCGAUUUGGAUCCACAGGGUCCGAGGCCUCAUGACAGUACAGGGCCAGCCAAUGCAUGUCUUGGAGCAGGACAUGAACAUCCUCCACCAGUGUCCGAGGAUUUUGGCUGUUUUGAUCAACAAGAAUGGCCACAAGAUCCUCGUCAUCUCUGCGCACUGCCCGCACGCUGGCCGGGAAGAUGAUCGCAAGAAGUUCAUGGACGCAAUCCGCCCGCUCUUCAUGCAGGCCAAGCAUGUGGAUUUGGCCCUGGUGGGAAUUGAUCUUAACGGCAGGCUACCGACCCCGUUCCCACCGGCCACAGGCAACCUUGAGUUUGAUGAGCCCGAUCAAGGGGGACGAGAGAUGGCCAAUCUUAUGGUGGACGCGGGGUUGUGGGCGCCUUCCACCUACAGGGAGCUGCACGCUGGAGACCCGGCGACCUAUGUACACCCAAGUGGAGCUGAAAGUCGCAUCGACUAUAUCAUGCAAGGAGGCAAGGGCCAGGUGUACAGGGCCAAAACCCAUGUCAAUCGUGGCUUUGACACGGGAAGCCCGAACCUGGACCAUUGGAUGCUCCAAAUCGAGCUGGAAGGCAAUAUGGCCAGGAGCAAAGGAGGAAAAACUCUUUGGAGACAGAAGUUUGAUGUCGACAAGAUGCACACCCAGGCAGGCAAGGACGUGCUGGUCCAGGCUUGCAUGAAAUUUCCGCAGCCAGCUUGGAAUGUGCACCCGGAUCGUCACUGUCUCCUCUUCCAGAGCUACUACCAGGAUGUGCUGCAGCAACACUUCAGGCUGCCGACCACCGGUAGGUCUUCCUACAUACCGGAUGCAGCGUGGGCCCUACGCGACGGAAAGAUGGCUAUGAAGCGAGCUACCAAGUAUCGCUUCGCCCUGUGGGGCGAGCUCAAACGACAGGCCUGGCGAGGCUUGAAAGGACAGAGCCACCAAGUCUUGGACAGUGUGGCCAAGCAUAACCUCAUGUUUGAGAUGGCGGCGACUGCGAUCAAGUUUGCCACGGCCCGAAUUAAGAAGCUCAUCACCGUGGCCAAGGCAAAGAUGCUAGAUGGUGUCGUUGCCACCGGGCCCCAGAACGUUGCGGCCGUCUUGCAGCGAGCCAAGAAGGCGGGAGUUGGCGGCAGAAAGUCGCGCCCGGUGCAGCGACCACUACCACAGCUCCUUGACCCCAGCACCGGCGAGCGUGCUAAAGAUCAAGCUGACCUUGACAAAAUCUGGCUCAACUACUUCGGGCAACAGGAGUACGGAGUGAUAUACAGCGUUGAGGAGUUUCUCAAGCAGUCUGUCGACUAUGGGGGAGAUGUGGCGGAACAGUGGAUGCCGGAACAUCUGCCAUCCCUGCAGGAUAUAGAGCAGACUCUUCGAGAAAUCCCGCGAGGCAAAACUGGAGGCAUUGACUCCCUGCCCAGCGACCUGUUCAAUGCAUGCCCAAGACACCUCGCAGGUGUACUACAGCCCCUCUACCUCAAAAGCCUCCUAUGUCAUCGGCAACCACUGCAGUGGAGAGGAGGCUUGCUGUAUGAGGCCUAUAAAGGGACGGGCACACAGGCACGGGUUGAGAACUUCCGAAGCCUCUUCAUAUCCAGCUUCGCAGGCAAGGCGCUGCAUAAAGCUCUCCGCCGGAAGGUGCAGACGUGUGUGGAAGACACGCUGCAUCCGCUACACUUUGGGCCCCGCAAAGGGGCCCCGGUCCUUUUUCCGGCCAUCUAUGUGGCGGCUCACGUGCGGCACUGCAAGGCGACGAAGCAGUGCAUGUCCCUGCUCUUCAUAGACUGCAGGGCAGCCUAUUAUAGGAUUGUCAGAGAGUUGGCCACUGGCACCCUGACAAACGACGCGGAGAUCUACCAGCUCUUUGCCAGAUUUGGUCUGGAGCCCUCUGACAUGGCAGACCUGAUGGAGCUGAUCACCUCAGGCGGCAUGUUCAGACAGGCGGACAUUCCGGAGCCUAUACAUAGGGCCACGUGUGACUUUCACAUGGCCACUUGGUUCAUCACCAAGUACACACAGGGAGAAAGUCUGGUCGAAGCAAAAGCCGGUAGUCGCCCAGGGGAAGCGUGGGCGGACACUCUGUUUGCAUUUAUAUAUGCAAGAGUGUUACAUCGAGUCCACGAGCACUUGGUCGCGGAGGACAUCCUUUUCCAGGUGGAGUGGGACCCGGACAGUGGAGUGUGGGCGCGGCCUGGACAAGGAACCCAGGUAGAAACCUGGGAUGGAACCUGGGCGGACGACACGGCCGUCCCACUCAGAGCAGACACCGCGGAGGAGCUCAUGAGCAAAACCCGGCGGCUAUGCUCCAUUAUGGUCAGCACCCUUAGGUCGCAUGGGCUCGACCCGAACCUCAAACGAAACAAGACCAGCUUGCUUCUCGGGCUGACGGGACCAGGUUCCAAGAAGGUCCGCCGCCGUGAGUUCGCGGACGGCCGACCGGAACUUCUGAUCGAAGACAUCGGAGAAUCUAUCCCUGUUGUCGACAGCUACAAGCACCUGGGCGGCAUGAUCGAUGCCAAUGCCACCUUCUCCCAGGAGGUGCGACUGCGAUUGUCUUUGGCAGCCGGGGCCUUCGAUGAAGGCAAAAAGCUUUUGCUGCAGAACCAGAGGCUCCCCAUUGACACGCGUGGGCGCAUCUUUGACUCAACAGUCGCGGCAACGAUGCACAACCUUGCGCUGUGGAUUCCCCAGGGGACCCAGUGGCAGAAGCUGGCAGACGGCUAUGCCAGACAGGUCCGGCGGCUGCUGGGACGCGACAUCAAGGGCGAGACGGUUUUCCACCUACCUACGCCAGCGGCGCAUAUCAUCACUGGGUGCUGGCCACUUGAACUGCUAGCAUACCGCGCCCGACUAAGCCUCCUUGCCUCGCUAGCCAAGGCAGCUCCUCCGGUCCUGUGGGCCAUGCUGCAGGAAGAGCAGACUUGGUUUCGGCAGCUCCAGGCUGACUUGAGUUGGCUUAUCGAGGGAGAGGAGAUGAAAUGGCCUGCUGCUGUGGCAGCGGAGUGGCCUCAGUGGUGGAACCUACUCCGGCACUCUCAGGGAAGGAUCAAAAGGAGCGUUGACAGACGCAUGAGAAAGGACUUCGAGAACUACAAGGAUAGGGAAUCUGCCGACUUGUGCCUAUGGGCCCUCCGACGGAGCAUGCCACCAGAGAAGCUUCCUGAUACACGGGAGAUGGCGUGGCGCUGCCGCAUGUGUGACAAGAUCUUUGGGAAAAGAUCUGGCCUGAGCGUUCACUUCUUUUCGGUACAUCGAAGGAAGGCGGAGUACCGGAAGUUUGUGACGGGCACACAGUGCCUGGCAUGUGGCCGCCAAUACUGGGCCACUGCGAGGCUGGAGGACCAUCUUCGGGCCUCACACCGCUGCGUACAAGUACUACGUGCUCGAGGAGAAGGCCAAGAUGAGGUGGUGCCAGGCUACGGCAGUCGUCGCAGACGACAAGAAGUGAAAGAGCACUUCACCCCUGCUCCGCCCAUCCCGCAGGGCGAAAGCAACCAGCAGGCUUCGAUGGAAAAGGUGAUGAAUGCGUGGGAGGAUGAAGCUCACCGAGAGCUCACGGCCGCCCUCCUCGACGUCACCGUAGCGACCAAAGAACGCAACAUCAUCGAGGACAUCAACAAGGUCUUCAAGGGUCACCCCCUCUACCCGGAGGAGAUCCUCCACGUCACUGAGCAGGCCAUGGACGAGAUCGACGUGAUCCAGGGAGAUCCGGACCUACGCCAGUGGAACGAAGAUCAAGUGGAGGCGAUGAAGGAUGCCCUCCAAGCAAUUCGAAACCCGCCAGCUACUGGUGGCGGGAACCAAGGCCUGGGGAAGGUGGACACCUACCAGGACUUCAAGAAGCAGGUCGAGACCCUCCAGUGGCAGCGAGCUGCUGGAGUGGAACAGCAAGGACACGAGACCCCGGAAGAAGUUGCCUACGAACUGGGAGACGGCUGGGAAGCUGCUUGGCGUCUCUACAGGGGCAACUUGCCCGCAGCAGCCGUGGCCGAAGACCUACUGAGGCUGCUUCCACCGGAGCUAAGACAGCUCUGGGAACGCCUUCAUCAGGGCGCAUUAGUGACCCUGCGAGCCCCAGAAGCAGAGGCUGGCGAUCAGUCCCUGAGCCGGUGGUGCAGCCGGCGUCGGCGUACGACCGAGGAGGAGGGGCAGACCCUCGUUGUCUCUGCAGCCGAUGCAGAGGCGGCUGCUGCAUCAUCCGAACAGGCUUUUUCAGGCCGGCGUUCCUGGUCGCCUCGCGAGGAUCAGGCGCCAGCAGCGGUGCUUGGUGCGGAAUCUCCAGUCGAUGCCGAGGGCGAGGAAGAGGAGGAGACCCAGCAAAUGGGCUCGGAGGAGGGCUGGCGAUGCUGCAAGCGCCGCCGCCUCGAGGACGCUGCAGAUACCCCGGAGGAUGAUGAGGAGCUGGAAGUCGAAGAAGAGCCUCCCGCAGAUUUGGAGGAGGAGGCAGAUCCUGUCAACAUCGGAGACCAAGAGGUACUUGAAACUGCCUCGGCGGCCGCAGCAGCAGAAGUAAGCGAGGAGCCUGCAGAUACGGCCGAAGCUCCUGCCGAUUUCGGCGAGGUCGCCGAGGUCGUCGACACCCCACUGGCCGCCGACGGCUACGAGGAUGAGGAGAUGGAUGCCGGACUCCCCGACUUUGCACUCCCCGACUUCUCCCUGCCGGAGGAGGCGCUGCAGACGAUGUCUCUAGGCAUGGGUGCCUUCUCCUGGCCGAAUGCAGAGCAGAGGUACGGCUACGCUGACGUGGCCGGGCCAACAGCGCUGAUCGGCAAGAAGAUGCUGCCGGUGCUGACUUGGCAUGACUCCGAAGGGCAGGAGCAGAAGAUGUGCGAGUCGAAGGAUAUCAUCGAAGCAGUGGAGUCUACGGCAGAGUCUACAAGAGGAGGUCGGCUGAUCAAGCGCCGGACCGGCAGGAAAGACCUCAAGGCUUGGCAGACGAGGCUGCGGCGAGUGAUGCAUGGGCUGACGAGGCCCCGACUCCUUCAGAUGCCUAUCAAGGAUUUCGCCAGAGAGGAAGACAGGAAGUACCAGAUGGACAAGUACACUGCCAAAGGCUUCAGCUAUGAAAGAGCACUGGCCGAUACGGAGAAGCUGGCACCAAAAGUGAAUACACUCUUGCUCGAGUUUGAAGAGCUCCUACGAUCAGACAAAGCGCUGAAUGCAUUCGGCCAUUCCUGGGACGACCUGUACGUGCUGCCCUCCCUGCGCGUACUGACCUGUGUGAAAUCUCUUGUCUGGCCUACAAAGGUCCGAGCUUAUGUGGAGCAGAACCACGCUGACGCCGGUGUGGCAUGCUACUUCGAGCAUGCAUGCUGA